UAAAUGUAUAUAUAAUAGGGGCAAAUCAUAGGGACUCGAAAGAAGAGGCGGAAGCGCUGCUCCGACAGCCGCGAACAGACUUAGAGAGGCGGGGCGCUGUACGGUGGCCGAGAGGACAGCUGUUUCCGCCGCACGAUGGAGUCGAUGGUGUUCAUUUUUUCGCUCAUUGAUUGCUGCGCCCUGAUUUUCCUUUCCGUUUACUUUAUAAUUACAUUAUCAGAUUUGGAAUGUGACUACAUUAAUGCCAGAUCUUGCUGCUCAAAACUAAAUAAAUGGGUGAUCCCUGAAUUGAUUGGCCACACCAUUGUCACUGUAUUAAUGCUUAUUUCACUGCACUGGUUCAUCUUCCUCCUCAAUUUUCCUGUGGCAACGUGGAACAUAUACAGGUAUAUCAUGGUUCCCAGUGGGAACAUGGGAGUAUUUGACCCUACAGAAAUCCACAACAGAGGGCAGCUAAAAUCACACAUGAAGGAGGCAAUGAUAAAGCUUGGUUUUCAUCUCCUUUGUUUCUUCAUGUAUCUUUACAGUAUGAUCCUGUCUUUAAUAAAUGACUGAAAAUGAAGUGGCCAAAUGAAGUAUUAUGGUUGCCAAAUUGAUGUUUACUCCAUUGAAAUACUAUGAAGCCACAGGCAAUUCUCCAGAAAAUCCAGACCAGUGAUGUCAUGCAGUAUAUUUUUUCUUCUUUGAACAAAACAUAUUUUUGCUGUAUUUUUAACAUAUAUUUUAGAAACUACAAUACUAUGUUUUUGCAACUAUUGUUUUGUUCCUACUCAAAUCCAUUUUCUUACUGUAUUUAAUUCUUAUGUAAUGUUAAGAUUUUGCAAGAAUAUUGGUUACCCAAUGGAGCAAAUUCACUUAUUAGAGUGAAGCAGCAGCUAUAACCGUUUCAUUGAAGAUGAUUUUAUCAUAUAAAAGGAAGCUUACCAGAG